GCCUGGGAACCUCCAUAUGCCGCGGGAGCGGCCCAAGAAAUAGCAAAAUAAAUAAAUAAACAAAAUAAAAUAAAAGUCUUGUACAUAUUCUGAUUAGUAGAACCUUAUCAGAUAUGUUUGCAAAUAUUUGUUCCCAUUCUGUAGGUUUGAAUUUCUUGAAGUGUCCUUUGAAGCACUGCUGAGCUACUUUUAACAAAUAUUAAAACAUCUUAAACUAAAUUAGGAAUAUGUAAUUGAUGUCUGAAUUAUACUUUUAUAUUGAAUAAGCAUUAUCAUUUUAUGAGCAAACCAUAGUAUGCAGACCACAUUUGGGGGCUUCCAAACUAAGAGUCGUGGGUUCAUUAUGGGAUCCAUCAUAAUGAUACUUAUCACUUUUAUAGCAUUUAGGUGCCAGGUACUGUUUGGGCACUUUGCACGAAUUAACAUCUAAUUCUCACCACAAUCCUAUGAGGGAGAGACUUAUUACAUUACUCGUUGUACAGGUAAGAAAACAGAGGCAGAAGAGGGUUAAGUAAUUUGCCUAAAGCUAAAGAGUGAGUAAAUAAGACAAAGAUAAGCUCCAGAUUCCCCCGCUCUUAACACCUGCCACUGAAAGGCGGAAUUAAAAUAUUUCAAAUAAUGCCUAACCCCUAGCUUUGGGGAAAUAAUGGUAUUGUCAUGGCGUCUAUACCCUGGAGAGUUUCCUUCUGUCUAGCUUCAGGACCUUCUCUCCUCUCCACCGGUCCAAAGCUUAAUGUUUAGAAGUAACGUCAAAAUUGCCUACAUCCCCGAAGUGGUUCUAAAUUUCUGGCGGCCAUUGAACGUGGAAGAGCAGCGGGUUCCGCAAGGCAAGGCUCACAGCUGAGCCGUGGGCGGGGCCAGUGGAGGAGGUGGGACCUGAGCUCCAGCGGACUUGCCUAAGGUGUGCAGUGCCGGCUGCUCAGCGCAUGGAGCCAUGAGCUGGAUCUGCCCCCGUUGUCUGCAGCCCGUUUUCUUUGGUGAGGCUGGGACGGAGGAAGGGGAGGAGAAGACGGGGCGAGUGGGAGCCGUUGGGUUCCAUAAGUACCCAAGGAGGUGGCGAAAUUGUGGUUCCAGACCUCUGGGGCGCAGGGCACUCUGGCGGGAUGGAGCUGGCCUCCCAGAGACACUCCCCAUUGUCUCUAGGAAUCCGGGCGGGUGGGACCCAGGGAAAAAAGGAGUGCACCUUCUGCCUGGCCUGGCUCCCCGCUGCCUGGUUCAACCUUGUCCCCCCACAGCAGAGAAGGUGAGCUCCCUGGGCAAGAACUGGCACCGCUUCUGCCUGAAAUGUGAGCACUGCCACAACGUCCUGUCCCCAGGAGGGCAUGCAGAGCACAACGGAAGGCCGUAUUGCCACAAGCCAUGCUAUGGGGUUCUUUUUGGACCCAGGGGUAAGUACCAGCCUGGAAGGGGCCAGGGGACAACAAAACCCUCCUUGUGCCUGGGAGCUGGAGGCUCAAGCCUGACCUCCCCUCUUCUUUCUGCAGGGGUGAACAUUGGUGGUGUGGGCUCCUACCUCUACAGAUCCCCAGCUCCCAUCCCUGCCAGCAUCACCCCCCUCAGCCCCAGCAGCUUCAGCUCCCCCAGGCCCAGACCUGGCCUCCCCCAGGGCAAGAAAAGCCCUCCCUACAUGAAGACGUUCACUGGGGAGACCUCUCUGUGCCCUGGUUGUGAGGAACCCGUCUAUUUUGCUGAGAAGGUGAUGUCUUUGGGCAGAAAUUGGCACCGACCCUGUCUGAGGUGCCAGCGGUGCCGGAAGACCCUGACUGCUGGGAGUCAUGCCGAGCAUGACGGCGUCCCCUACUGCCACAUCCCCUGCUAUGGCUACCUGUUUGGCCCCAAAGGUGGGCAGCCCCACCCCAGACACUGGGCCUAAAACAUGGCAUGUGUGAACAUUGGUGAUGUGGGCUGCUACAUCUAUGACCCCGUGGAGAUAAAAUCCAAAUGAGAUGCUCACAGGAGAGUUCACCCUAAUCCAGACCUCCCGUCAUCCCUUCCAUGGUCCAGUGGGAGCUACAGAAAUCUCCAGUCCUAUGAGAGUGGGAGAAAGUGGGAUUCUGGUGGCCUGAUCCUAGGCUCCAUCGUAGACCAGAGUCUAGACUUUCUCUGCCAAUUCCUCCCUUUCCCAUUCCUAUCUGGUCAGGGGACAGGCCACCCCAUUUGAAGGGUCGGCCUCUUGGCCUUCCCAAUCCCUUGACUCAGAAAAUUCUGUAACUUCAAGGUACUCAUAAAACUUGUGUUUAUUUGGGCUUCUCCAAUAAAAUGGUGGCUCCCAUGCCUUCAACUCUUCUUUAGGCAUGAGGCCUAGACAGUGGGUUGGAGGAUGGGGAGUGUAGGGGCGGGGGGCUGCAUUGCGCUGCAGAGUGCCUGGGAGGUAGCAGAACCAGCUAUUGGAACAAAGAGCCGUGUUAUCCUGGUCCCCUGGCUCUGGCAUUGUGCAGCCCCCAGCACCACACAGUGGACAGCAUGCCCACCAGCCCUGUGGG